UACGAGGAAGAUGAGAUUAAGACACGACUCAACGCUGUCUGCGAGAAGAUCAUGACUCGCGAGGUGGACGAAACCAUGAUCUGGGACUUAGGCUCAGAAGCAGGGAACGAGUUUCUAGACGCUGUGAACGAGCUGAGAGUGUUGAUAGACGGAGGAACAACAGAGGAGGUCUCUCUGAGAAAAGCUCACGACGUUCUCCAAACGGCAAUGGCGAGGCUUGAAGACGAGUUCAAGCAUCUUCUCUCGGAGAACAAGUUACCAUUCGAGCUCGAACACGCUUCCUUUAGGUCCGAUCUUGUCCUGGAAGAAGGCUCUUUCGGCGCUGCGUCCACUGAGGAUCUGAUCAUAGGAAGCAGUAGAAGAAACUCAGAGGAGAUUGUAAUCGAUUUGGUUCGACCUGAGGUUAUAUCAGAUCUCAAGAACAUUGCCACCACCAUGAUUGCUUCGGGGUACGACCGGGAGUGUCUCCAGGUGUGUACAACGGUUAGAAAAGAGGCUCUUGACGAGUUUCUCUACCACCACGAGGUCGAGAAGCUGAGCAUUGAAGAUGUUCUGAAGAUGGAUUGGGCUACGUUGAAUACAAACAUCAAGAAAUGG